GUCGAGUUUCUCGUUUGCAGUUCAGCAGUUCUUUGGCCGUUUUCGGCAUUGCUCUUAUCGGUCUUUUAUUAACCUUUGCAUCAGCCAAUUCGUUCGUUACGUAUAACCAUUCCCGAGUGGACGAGCAUUUAUUCUCAGUUGUCCAUAGAUAGUCAUUUAAACUGACAGCCUGUUAGAUAAAUAAUAACUAAUCAACAAUGGCACAAAGUAAGCUCAACGAUCUCGCUGGAAAAUUUGGAAAAACACCUGGGCUUUCGCCUGGGUUGAAAGUCCUCGCAGUUGCCGGCGCUGCCAUGUAUGGGGUUUCUCAAUCCAUGUACACCGUCGAUGGUGGACACAGAGCCAUUAUAUUUUCACGGCUGGGAGGCAUCCAAAAAGAUAUAAUGACGGAGGGACUACACUUCCGACUUCCAUGGUUCCAGUACCCCAUUAUAUACGAUAUCAGGAGUAGGCCCCGAAAAAUUUCUUCUCCAACCGGAUCUAAGGACCUUCAGAUGGUUAAUAUCUCUCUCAGAGUUUUGUCCCGCCCUGACGCGUCCGCUUUACCCGUUAUGUACCGCCAACUAGGACUCGAUUACGAUGAGAAGGUUUUGCCAAGCAUUUGUAACGAGGUAUUGAAGUCUGUUGUGGCUAAGUUUAAUGCGUCACAAUUGAUAACUCAAAGACAACAGGUUUCCAUGUUGAUUCGUAGAGAGCUGACUGAGCGUGCAAAAGAUUUUAAUAUUGUUUUGGAUGAUGUUUCUAUAACGGAAUUAAGUUUUGGAAAGGAAUAUACCGCUGCUGUUGAAGCUAAACAGGUUGCUCAACAAGAGGCACAGCGUGCAGCGUUCGUUGUCGAAAGAGCAAAGCAGGAAAGGCAGCAGAAAAUCGUUCAGGCAGAGGGAGAAGCUGAAGCUGCAAAAAUGCUUGGUAUAGCUGUUGGCCAAAACCCUGGAUACCUCAAACUGAGAAAGAUCCGAGCAGCCCAGAGCAUAUCACGCACGAUUGCGAAUUCACAGAACCGUGUCUAUUUGAGUGGCAACAGUCUGAUGCUGAACAUUCAGGAUCCGACGUUCGACGACCUUUCUGAAAAACUGAAAAGUGGCGAAACUUCGACUACUCGGUGGAAUAAUUGGGAUGAAACAACACAGCAUGCUGUUAAAUCUUUGAAAACUAGUCCUCAGGCAGCUUUGAAAAAUAUUGCUAAACCGUCGAUUACUUCCGCAACUACUUCCGACGAUGAUAAAAUAUCAAUCAUUUUGGACUCUGCGGAUGACGGAGCUAAGCUAAUUGUUCCCUGAGACUAGGGGUGUUUUAAUAAUUUUCCGUAAAACUGGAUGCUAAAGGACGAUCGCUGAGAACGGUGAAUGAAAACAGAAGUUUUUCUUUUAACCAAAGCCGACAGUUUUGAUGUUAAGUCACUCAUAUGUUUACAACUGUCACGUUUGUAUAGAGAAGAUUAUCAAAUAGAUUGUACAAAUUUAGCUCACAAAA